UACAUCCCGGAAGUCAAGACCCUCCUGGAACGCGCCAUCAACGAGUUUUAUUGCUACCUGUACACUACUAAUGCAUUUCCCAGCAACGAACAGGCCGAAAAAGCCAUCACAGACGCGUGGCAAGUGGCGUACGCGUCCCAUACUAAGAACAGAGACGCGCCGCCAUAUGAGCUGGACCAGCGAAUGAUCCGCCUGGCAAGUCCAUCCCUCACGUUCGACAUUCGCCCUCAUGAAGAAACAACACGGGACCGUUUUGCGGAGAACAAUGUCGUGUUUGAAGCAAUCUCAGCCACCUUCUUCGAUUCAGGAGACGGCCACUCCAGCAUGGGAUUCCAAUACCCCGAGCGGUUCAAUCCACUUCCAAACGAGUCCAUUGCAUUCGUGAUGACUAUUAUUCGAGCACAUAUUGCAGAAUGGAGCAGUGGCAAGAAGGUCGCAGAUACGUUCAACCACGGAGACCGUGGUGACGAUUCCUCAGGGCAUGCCAAGCACUACCGGGGCUUCCUCGCCAAUCUCAAGGAGUACGAGGCAGCGAACCCGCAAGCGUGGAAGAACAUCCGGACUCGCAUGUAUUCACGCGCCUUCCGUGCUGGUGGGGGGACUGAUCUCAAUAUCUCAUCCACGCGGGUCUCGAGCGCCGCGAUGAGCAGUGCAACCAGUCAGCUGGCGGGGCGGACCGGGCUUACUGACAGCGAGUCGGAUCAUGAGCCUUGA